CUCCCUUCUUCCCUUUCCUUUCGCUGGUUUCUUUCGUCUUUGGUUCGUCGGUCACAUAUCUCUUUUUGUCUCAGUAAAUCUUCAUUUUCUUCUCUAGUCGUUCCUUUGUCACCCCGUUCCUGUGCCGAGUUGCUUUCUGUUGGUCGACGGCGCAAGCGCAUGCUUCUGUAAUACUUCACUUACUUGGACACUUUCAGUAUGGCGGCACCACCAGUCAGACAAUGGGGAGUUACCCCUCCCAUCUCCACCGUUCUACCGACCCCAGACGAGCUUGCAGCAAACGAUGAUCUUAUCACGGAGUUAAAGGUGCAGAAUAAUUUUGAGAGCCCUGCGGAGACGGAACGAAGGAAACAAGUAUUGCAGCUCAUCCAGCGUGUCACCGUCGAAUUCGUUAAAACAGUCAGUCGGAAGAAGGGCCUCUCCCAAGCAGCUGUCGAGGCCGCCGGAGGGAAGAUCUUCACGUACGGAAGUUAUCGCCUGGGCGUUUAUGGGCCGGGCUCGGAUAUUGAUACCUUGGUUGUUGGCCCAAAGCAUGUCAUUAUCGAUGAUUUCUUUUCCGAUUUCCCCCCAAUUCUAGAGAAGAUGGCUGCUCCGGGAGCUAUCGAGAAGAUGACCCCGGUCCCAGACGCCUACGUUCCGAUCAUCAAGCUCGAAUUGUCCGGCAUCAGUAUCGAUCUGAUUUUUGCUCGCUUGAUAAUUCCUUCCAUUCCUAUGAAUCUGGAUCUCAAGAACAAUGAUUAUUUGCGUGGUUUGGAUGAGAGGGAGGUGCGAUCGCUCAACGGCACUCGUGUGACGGAUGAAAUCUUGGAGCUCGUACCUCAGCAGAAAACAUUCCGGCUCGCUUUGCGCGCCAUCAAGCUUUGGGCUCAGCGCCGUGCGAUUUAUUCCAAUAUUGUCGGUUUCCCGGGUGGUGUUGCUUGGGCUAUGUUGGUGGCCAGAGUGUGUCAGUUGUAUCCCCAGGCUACUGGCUCGGUGAUUGUGGGCAAAUUCUUUCGGAUCAUGAACAAGUGGGCUUGGCCUCAGCCGGUUCUGUUGAAGCCGAUUGAAGAUGGGCCUCUUCAGAUGAAGGUUUGGAAUCCGAAGAUUUACCACGGCGACCGUUUCCACCUGAUGCCUAUCAUUACUCCUGCCUACCCCUCCAUGUGCGCGACCCACAACGUCUCAAUGUCCACCAAGGCAGUUAUUCUUCGUGAACUUCAGCGUGGUGGAGAUAUUGUGGACAAGAUUUUCUUGAAACAGCUGCGCUGGGAAGAUCUGUUCGCGCGACACACUUUCUUCACGAAGGAUUACAAAUACUACCUCAGCAUCACCGCCUCGAGCAGAACCAAGGAGGCGGAGUCGGUGUGGUCGGGUCUUGUUGAAUCUAAGAUCAGACAUCUUGUUGGAGCACUAGACAGGAAAGCAACUAUCGCCAUUGCUCACCCCUUUCCCAAGGGAUUCGAGAGAGUCCAUCGUGUCUCGUCGGAGGAGGAAAUCGAGGCUGUCAAGACCGGGUCUACCAAGUACCAAGAUAAGGGAACAAAGACUGAGACCACCGAUGAGAUGAAGGAUGCGGCUCACCAGGCUGCAGCCCAGAACGGGGCGGAGAACACUGAUGUAGCAGCAGCCGAGAAUAAGCCCGUCGAUGACACUCACGUCAUGUACACGACGACUUACUAUAUUGGGUUGGAGCUCAAGCCACUCGAGCCAGGUGCCUCCCGGUCGCUGGAUAUCUCGACCGAUGCCCAGAUUUUCAAGUCGACAUGCACCUCGUGGCCAGGAUACCAACCCGGUAUCAAUGAUCUAGCGAUCACCCAUGUUCGCAACUUCGACCUUCCCGAGGACGUGUUCCAACCGGGAGAGACUCGCCCAACCCGCCCGAAGAAGAAGAUCGUCAAGAAAACCGAGAUCAGCGGCCAGAAGCGCAACAUCGAAUCCUUGGACGUAAGUGCACGCAAGAAAGCCAAAGUAGCUUACGAGCAGCGAACCGGCUACCAUACGAACUUCGACUCUUCGCAAGUCGCCUAGUGCUCGAUCGUUCUCCGUGUGUGGGUAUGACUGAUAUCGACUGUCUGCGUAGGACCCGUCCCACCCCGCUGCCAAACGCCAGGUCCCCUCCAACGGAAUCGCCAAUACAGCAAUGCCCGCCUGAUUUGAGUUCAUAUGAAGUCUGAAGAAGCUCCCACUCGCGCCGGGGCAGGCCCCCAUAACAAACAGUCCGAGAGACACGAACCAUAUAAAACACCACGGUAUCCGGGUUUGAACUCCAACCAAAUCCCACCAAUCUGGAUGAGCAUACAUUAAUGAUCUGAGCAAAUAACCCCAGCUGACUGACUCUGACCAUCACCGCAGUUGAUCUGGUAUGCAUUGCAAUAUCCCUUGCGAUCACCAGCUCGGAUAACCGGGAGGUCAGAUGUACAAGAAUACGGCCAGCCAUGAUAUGAUAGCAGCUGUAAGAGCCGGACUUUCUCUGGGAUGGAGAGAGUGAGGCGAGACAGACCCGGCCAGAUAGUUCUGCAGCUGUACAUAGCGUUUCAUCCCCCCCUGGUCUGCCUUAGGUUCUGGUGUGUAUGCCAGAGUUACAGUUACAGUUACUAGGUCUAGUUGCAAAUGAAGGUAC